ACAUUCUUCAAAAUACUCCUUGUAUUUACAAAAUUCAUUCAAGCAUUUUGCUAUUUAAAAAUCUCUAUGGAUGAAAAUCACAAUAAUAUCAGGAAAUAAUUGAUGGGGAAGUUCAUCUUCGGAAAUUCUUGUGUGCUCUUCGAUUUUGUAUCUAUCUUCAAAGAAGAGUUGUCAUGAGAUUUGAUGGAAGAGAAGCUGCCAUUUGGUGCAGGUUUCGUAGGAGCUCAUUGAAUAAACUACUCAAGUUUCAACAACAGCUACUCUAAUUAGUUGGAGAUCGAACUAUAUUAUUAUUUAUUUUAAAACACAACUCUAUUUCUCCUCAUCAACCCUUCCCUUCCCCACAUUGAUCAAUAUCACCGGAAACAACCAUGGAAUUCCCUCGCGGCUACUACCCUCAAACUCAUCACCACCGAAGAAAUGAUGAAGAAGAAGAGAGAAGAGAACAUUACCCACCACCACCACCAUCCUUCGACCAAACACCACCACACCUAGUCUACAGAGAGAAUGAAUUUGCACCACCACCACGACCCUACUCACACUAUUAUCAAGAAUCUCCACAACCACCAAGACCAUAUUUUAAUGAAACUAACUAUUCACCUCCUCCACCACCAACCUCAAUUCAAGAAACUCAGGUCUUUGACACAUCUCAUCAUCAAGGAGUUGACCCUUCUCUUGAUUAUCCACCUGCACCAACACAAGUGACUCAUGUUUCUCAUGAACAAACUGAAGCCCGUCAUUCUUUUAGGCCUCACAUGCCAUCUUUCAAUCACCAGCCUGGCGCUGCUUCUGGGCUUGACCUUUAUAAUAAACCUAGCUUUAAGGUUUACAGCAAAGCUCAGCCUGAGUUUCACCUCACAAUUAGUGGGAAAGUGAUUCUUGCUCCAUCAAAUCCUUCUGAUGAGUUCCAAAACUGGUAUAAAGAUGAAAAGUACAGCACAAGAGUGAAGGAUUCAGAGGGAUGCCCUGCCUUCGCUUUGGUUAAUAAGGCCACUGGUCAGGCCAUGAAGCAUUCCAUUGGAGAGGCACACCCUGUGCAGCUGAUUCCGUACAAUCCAGAUGUUCUUGAUGAGUCUAUCCUAUGGACUGAAAGCAAGGACAUGGGUGAUGGUUUCAGAGCUGUAAGGAUGUUGGUUAACAAUACCCAUCUUAAUGUAGAUGCUUUUCACGGUGAUAAGAAAUCUGGUGGUGUCCAUGAUGGCACCUCUAUUGUUCUCUGGAAAUGGAACAAAGGAGAUAACCAACGAUGGAAGAUCAUCCCAACUCGGAAAUAUGCGUGAUGGUGUUGCCAUUUCUUGAAGCUAUAUUGUAUCUGCGGAACCAUGAAUAAUUUCUCAGGAGAAUUUGUUUUUUGUUCCUUUUGGGAACGUUUUGUGUUGUAUGCUUCUUGGUGUGAGAAACUUGUGCAUCAAACUCUUCGACCUAUGUUUAGCCUUCAUUAUCCUUGAUCAGUUUGAAACAUACAUUGCAGAAUUUGUACUGAUGAACCUUCUGCCCAUAAUGCUUUACAUGCAUGUUCUUGGUGCUGUAUACUCUUUUGGAGUUCCCUCGACGUGUUUUGCACA